UUAGCUUCUGUCAAGGUGCCGCCGAACAGGAAGAAGGCAAGCAAUACGACUGGUUGCAAUCAGCUGGUGGAGACGAUGGACGACCAUCCUGCUCCGAACCGGAGAGUAGCCAAUCCAGGUGUUGGAGCCAACCAGCAAGCACAAGGUGGCAAUAAUCCGCUCCAGUUGGAUCCGGACAUGAGGGAUCAUCCAGCUCCUACCGAGCAGAGCAGAGCAAAUCCAUCAACGGUUGUUAGAGCUGAUCAUACUCCCAACCAGCAAGUACAAGAUGGCGGGGUCGUGCCCCGUGGACGGCCUAGUACAACUUCAGAUCAGUCCAAUUUGCAGGCCCAGCUGGCAGAUGUCCAGGCGGAAAUGGCAGACUUAAAGAUGCAGAUGCAGCGAGACCGGGAGGAGCGUGUGGGAGAAAGAAAAUACAACUUAGAGAUGCAGAUGCAGCGAGACCGGGCAGAAAGGGAAUACAGCGUGGCACUCCAAGGCUGGUUACAGAAUUAUGUCGACCUUGAUGCUCCCACCUGUGCCGCAGAUACCACCUCCACGUGGUCGUCCUGGCACUCCGGGAUCAGCUGCAUUGAAUCAAUCUGGAGCCGCUGGUACUCUUGCUUCAGAUAUAUAGCACGGUCACUCAUAACGGUGGUGCUUCCACAUAAUUCCCGUAAUUAAGUGAUGUAUCGUUACAAUGAGCCUCCACCACUCGGAUGUGUUGUCUUCAUGUUGUGGCUGCUUGUGCAUUGAAGAUCGAUCAUUUGGCUUGACAGGAUUGUAUCUUUUAUGACUUGUAUGGAAUUUGUCACUUGUAUGGAAAUAUGUUUGCGACUUUGGAUGGACUCUGUAAUGAUGAUCGUUUGUGAUAUCUUUGUUCUGUGUCCCUGUGAAAUGAACAGUGAAA